AUCUCCUCGCGGGUGGAAGGUGGAGGCAAAGGCCUCCCUUCCAGAAAAACCCAGAGAUUAAUUGACAGAAAAUCUGUUUGUAAAGACUUUGGCUUCUAAGCCAUGAUCCGAGCUAGAUGAAGCUUAUAUUUAAAAAAAAUUAAAAAAAAAAAAAAAAAAAAAAGGAAUGUUAAAACUUGGAUGUUGUGCCGGAACAUUGAUAUUAGGAUCUUUAAGAUCCUUCAAAUUGCUUAGUAAAUACAGUAUAGUAAAUUGAAUGCAUUUGUGGGACUAGCCAGACCACUAAGGGCACAAAAAUCUGUUAAGAGUGGAUGCAGGCUUGUUUUCAGAAGAUCGUUUUCUGACACAUCGAGGUACAAAUGAUCUCAUUAUAAGCUAGUUGUCUAGGACACCUGCACAUUAGGCACCAAACUAGAGUCACUCAAAGUGAAAGGAGGAUAACCCAAAUUUGCUUUUGGAACCAUGAAAAUUUUGCUCGUUUUUGACUUUGACAAUACAAUCAUAGAUGAUAAUAGUGACACCUGGAUUGUACAGUGUGCUCCAGAGAAAAAGCUUCCUGUUGAACUACAAGAUUCUUAUGAAAAAGGAUUUUGGACAGAAUUUAUGGGCAGAGUCUUUAAGUAUUUGGGAGAUGAAGGUGUAAGAGAAGAUGAAAUGAAAAGAGCAGUGACAUCAAUGCCAUUCACUCUGGGGAUGGUGGAACUUUUGAACUUUAUAAGGAAGAACAAGGAUAAAUUUGACUGCAUCAUUAUUUCAGAUUCAAAUUCAGUCUUCAUAGAUUGGGUUUUAGAAGCUACCAGUUUUCAUGAUGUAUUUGAUAAAGUGUUUACAAAUCCAGCAGCUUUUGAUAGCAAUGGUCAUCUCACUGUGGAAAAUUACCAUGCUCAUUCUUGCAGUAGGUGCCCAAAAAAUCUUUGCAAAAACGUAGUUUUGGUAGAAUUUAUAGAUAAACAGUCACAGCAGGGAGUGAAUUAUACACGAAUUGUUUAUAUAGGUGAUGGUGGAAAUGAUGUCUGUCCAGUAACUUUUUUAAAGAAGAGUGAUGUUGCCAUGCCACGGAAAGGAUAUACUUUACAGAAAACUCUUUCCAGGAUGUCUCAAAAUCUUGAACCCAUGGAAUCUUCUGUUGUAGUUUGGUCUUCAGGUGUUGAAAUAAUUUCUCACUUACAAUUUCUAAUAAAGGAGUAAUAUGCCAACAA